AUGGGCAAGCGCAAAAAAUCCUCGCGCAAGCCGGCACAGCCAAAGAUCAAGCCUCAGCUUGACACUCAAUUCACCUGUAUUUUCUGCCAUCAUGACAGUGCCGUCUCGGUCAAGAUAGACAAGAAGGAGGGGAUCGCACAGCUGACGUGCAGAGUGUGCGACCAGCGCUAUCAGAGCAAAGUCCACCACUUGACCGAACCCGUGGAUAUCUAUGCGGAGUGGCAGGAUGCUGCAGAUGAAGCGGAGAAGAAUGCUCGAUAUGAGCAACGACCGGCUCAGGCAUCGGCAAGCCGGGCACGACCAGCCGCUCGGCGUUCACCUGGUGUAGACUUCGGCUCGGACGAUGAGUAA